AAGAUAUCAAAGUGUUUGUUUCUAUUUAAAGUCUUUUUCGUUCUCAAAGUGUAUAAGUUUUUCAUUCCAACGUGUUUCAAGGUGUGUUCCUUGCUCACCUUAAUAGUAACAAUUAACACAGUGUAUUUGCUCAACAAUUUAAUGAUCAUCAAAACACCAAACAAGUGUAAUUAUUACAAUUCAACAAUCAUUAACCUUUUGUCAUCAAAAUUGACUAUUGUUUACCUGUGACACCUAAACCAAAGGUUCAAUAAACAACUAAUUUGAAAAAAAGACACAUCAAAAUCCGUUAACAUUGGAGUCAUUAUUGUGAUCAUCAUGAAUAUAUUUACGAACAAUCUGUGUAAUAAUUUAGUUAUUGUUCUCCUACUAUUGUCACCUAUUACCUGUGGUGGUUAUUAUUAUGAUGACUGUUUCAAAGAAAUUGAAAAUUUUGAUGGAUAUUGUACAUGUGAGCCCAAUGUACUGGAAUGUUCAAUUGGUAGAGUGGAUUUUGAUUCAGCCUUGUGGACCAAGUUUUCGCGCCUCGGUCGUAUUCACAACUCAACUGACAAUUAUUCUUAUAGUUCGGUGCAUUUGAAUGUUCAUAAAUUUGAUGGUGUGAACGUGAGCUAUUUUCCCUCCGUGUUAUUCAACAAUUUAGCGCCAUCAGUUAAAGAGAUAACUUUAACAAACUGGAAAUUCACUUCGAUUUCAUCUGUUAUAAAGCCUUUGGGAAGUUCAAUCAAAUCACUGAUUAUUAAGAAUAAUUAUAAUUUCACCGAAAUUAACCAUCAUAGAGCUUUUGCUAAUUUAGCACCGUAUCUCGAACGGCUUGAUUUAUCAUCGAAUGCACUGAUAGAUAUUCAUAAAACAGCAUUUCGAGGAUUGAAAUAUCUUCUUGAAGUUAGACUGGAAGAUAAUAACAUCUCCUUUUUACCCGACUUUGUGUUCAGAGAAUCAACCAAAUUAGCUAACAUAAGUUUAUCGUCCAAUUCAAUUUCUAUUCUCACAAAAAACACUUUCGCCGGACUAUUGAGCGUUGAACAUCUUGAAAUUGAUUCAAAUAAACUGUUCACCAUACAGAAUGAUACAUUCCGUGAUAUGGCCAAACUACGAAAUCUUGAUUUAAGACGUAAUCAAAUAAACUCUCUGGAACCCUUAGCCUUCCGUGGAUUGAUCGCUGUCGAAACCAUUGAUCUGUCCAAUAAUCAUUUACGAUUCUUACCCCCAGAACUAUUGAGUUAUUGUCAUGCACUUACGACAAUCUACCUUAAAAACAAUUUACUGUCCAACUUGGAUGACACUUUCCUGAAACAACUUCCAAAAACUUUCUACCUCAAAGGUAAUCAGUGGACAUGUAAUUGUAAUCUAAUUGUUUACUCGAAGAACCUGUUGAGUGAUAAUAAUAUGACCGAAUGUUCAAUAUCAUCCGACGAAUUCAACAAGAGUAGUAAACCGGUUCAAAUCAUUGACAUGACAUUCGAAAGUUAUAUUGAUCACAUUGGCGAAAAAGAGAAAUGUAUUUCCGUCGCUAAUAAUAUUAAGGAGAAAAGGUCACAUUUAACAAUGGCCUCACCGUCUAAAGGUCAACUUGAUGCAAAAUUUUCGCUUAAACAGUUAAUUGUUAUAAAUAUAUUUUCUACAUUAUUUUUCUUCAUUAAAAGAUUAUGAUCAAAUGAUCAAACGUUCAA